UGUGACUGCUUCGUCACCAAUGGCACGCAGCCCGGCUACUUCUCGAAUCACAUGUUCUUCGACUUCCGGAACCUGACCCGAGACGCCGGCAUCCCGCCCAUCGUGACCAACGUCACCAACGCGACUUAUGUCCCUCCAACGAGCGACUACUUCUCCAGUGACGAAUGGACGAGCGUCUGGCAGCUCCAGGGAUGGAGCAACAGCGAGGGCAAGGGAAAGGGCCUGUCCGGGGCGGCGACGGUCCUCAUGGCUUACUCCCCAGCCAACGUGUACAUCGAGGAGAACAAGGACGAGGAUGCGGAUUCGCAGACGUACCUGACCCUGAGGACCCAGCGCGAACCAAAGUUCCAGUCGGCAGCGGCCUUCCAGACGAAGACGUCCGACUACCAAUUCGUGUCUCUGCGCAUGCUCGCCCGCACAAUCGGCAGCCCGGGCGCCGUGACGGCAAUGUUCACCUAUCGCGACGCCACCGCCUCGUCGAGCCUGCAGGAGUCGGAUUUUGAAGUCCUGACGCGCGGCCCCAGGGAAAACGUCCAGCUCACGAACCAGCCCUCCUUCGACAGCGACGGCAAGGUGAAGCCGGAGGCCACCACCAACGCCACGCUGCCGGGCGGCAUGAUCUGGAGCCAAUGGGCCGUCUACCGGCUCGACUGGACGGCCGACAGCAGCGUCUGGUAUGUAGACGGCCAGCAGCUGGCCAACAUCACCUUCCAGGUGCCCCAGGACGCCGCCGGCAUCAAUGUCAACGCCUGGUCCGACGGGGGAAGCUGGAGCGGGAACAUGAGCGUGUACGACCAGGCAAACCUGCAGAUCCAGUGGAUCGAGAUGAUCUACAACACCUCCAGCUCUUCUUCUUCUUCUUCUGCCUCCCAGCGAAAGUGGAAGCGGGAUCCUACCGGCUUCCUUUGGGGCCGCGACGCCGGGCCUCGUGGCGGACUGCCCCGGCGGCGAGACUUUGACGGGGACGGCUGCAAGGUCGUGUGCAGCAUCGACGAGGUCACGGAGCAGGGAGUUGCUACCAUGCUG